AUUGGAAAUUAUUAUUUGAUCGGAACUUAGUUGUUUUUGCCUUAAAAAAAUACUCCAACUUGCAUAAAUUAUUCCCACCUCCGGCAUAGUUUAUUGCUAAUGACGUAGCAGGUGGCCUAAAAGAUUGUACUUUUUUAUUGAAAUUCCAUCUUCUUAUACGUCAUUGAUGACCAAUUUAAUUUUUUCCUACCCAUCUGAGAUGGAAUGGAAGCCCUGAAGGUUUAAGAAGAUUUGAUGACCAUAAUUGUCCCAAUACAAACUACGUAUAAGUUUGAUUUAGUUAAAAAAAGAGAGAAGAUGGACAAUAAAGUGAAAGUGCUAUAUCAAAAUACUGAAGGGCAAUGAAGGCUAUUGUCAUAAGAGCUCCAGGUGAUUCAGAUGUGUUGAAGCUACAAGAAGUGGAAGAACCCAAAAUUAAAGAAGAUGAGGUACUUAUCAAAGUUGAGGCUGCAGCACUGAACCGCAGCGAUAUCUACGAAAGAGAAGGCUCCUAUCCCUCACCAGAAGGUGUCAGUCCAUAUCCAGGUCUUGAAUGCUCAGGCACCAUUGAAUCUGUUGGAGAAAAUGUUUCCAGGUGGAAAGUUGGUGACAAGGUGUGUGCCCUUCUGAGUGGAGGAGGGUAUGCUGAGAAAGUGGCAGUCCCAUCCGGACAACUUCUUCCUGUCCCAGCUGGUGUUUCUCUGAAGGAUGCUGCCUCAUUUCCUGAGGUGGCAUGCACAGUCUGGUCUACCAUUUUAAUGAGGAGCCGGCUAUCUGCUGGUGAAACACUUCUCAUUCAUGAGGGUUCUAGUGGAAUCGGUGUAUUUGCCAUUCAAAUAGCAAAGCAAUUUGGGGCAACUGUGCUUGUCACAGCAGGCAGUGAAGAAAAACUAGCUUUCUGCAAGGAUCUUGGAGCUGAUGUCUGCAUCAAUUACAAGACUGAGGACUUUGUCACACGGAUAGAGGAAGAAACAGGCGGCAGAGAGGUAAACCUGGGAGUUUUCUUCGCAAAGCGCCUCACAAUUCAAGGGGCAACGUUGCGAAACAGAACUCUAGAAGAGAAAGCAGUGAUUGUCAAGGAGGUUGAGAAGAAUGUGUGGCCUGUAAUUGUGGAAGGCAAGGUGAAGCCUGUGGUGUGCAAGCACUUUCCCCUGGUAGAAGCAGCAGAGGCUCACCGCCAUAUGGAAAGUAGCAAACAUGUAGGGAAGAUACUGCUUCUUCCUUGAUGCUGUUGAGAAAAUAACCCGCUUGUCCUCCAGUUUUUGGUUUUCAUUGUCUUUGUGAAACCUGCUAAAGACAACAAUAAGAGGAAAACACUGUGAUAAACAAGUGAAUAGGCUUUGUUUCAAGUAAUGAACCAUAGAACUGGUUGUAAGAAUUGAACAAUGUGACAUUUGAGAUAAAAUGAACUAAGAAUUGAAGAUGACUGAUUAAACAGUGUGCCAUUGUAAUAAAAGGUUGAUUCAGUC